GUCCUCUUUUUUCUUUUCUAUGCAGCUCUGUUGCCAAGCAAUUAUCAUAAAGCUGGUUUCACCAACCGAAGCUUUAGAGCUUCGAAGUUCUACCUCAAUGCUGAUCGAUAAAGCAACAAAUUAAGCUUGAGAUUGAGAUCCACCGCUAAUAGAUAAACCCCUGCUGAAGUUUCCUGCUAAGUGCUAACCCUAUAGUUUGCUUAUAUAUCCAGUACUCUCUCUGUCUCUGUCUCUCCACGGAAACUAUUCCAAACAUGGGAAGAAGUAGUCCAUUCCUCAUGUCACUCUUCGCCUUCCUUGUCCCUUUCUCUUCUCUUCCCAUUCAAUCACUCUCUUCCACGGACUCCUUUGUCUUCGUCGGCUGCACUCAGCAGAGAUAUGCUCCAAACUCACCUUACGAGUCCAACAUCAACUCGCUUCUCACCUCCCUGGUUAACUCAGCCACCUACUCGUCCUACAACAACUACACCAUCAUGGGCUCCAGCCCCCAAGACGUGGUUUACGGACUCUACCAAUGCCGGGGGGACCUUUCCAUGCCAGACUGCGCCACCUGCGUCACUCGCUCGGUGAGCCAACUCGGCAUGUUGUGCUCCCAAGCAUGCGGUGGAGCGCUGCAACUUCAGGGAUGCUACGUCAAGUACGAUAACGCCACCUUUCUCGGGGUUGAGGACAAGACCGUGGUCCUGAAGAAAUGCGGACCGUCGAUCGGGUAUGAUACGGACGCCAUGAGCCGUAGAGAUGCCGUGUUGGGGGCGUUGGUGACCACCGGUGGGCCAUAUAGGGUGGGUGGCUCCGGUGAUGUACAGGGUGUGGCGCAGUGCGUCGGGGAUUUAAGUUUGGUAGAGUGUCAGGAUUGUGUAUCGGAGGCGAUCGGGAGGUUGAAAAGCGAUUGCGGCGGGGCAGUCGAGGGUGAUAUGUUCUUGGCCAAGUGUUAUGCAAGAUACCAAACCGGUGCUUCUCACAUGUACUCCAACUCCAAGAAUCACCCUGCAGGCAAAUCUAGCAAUGAUGGUGAGAAGACAUUCGCAAUAAUCGUUGGAUUAUUAGCCGGAGUGGCUCUACUUAUUAUUUUCUUAACGUUCGUAAGAAAGGUGUUAGAAGGACCUGGAGGUAAAUAAAAUUAUGUAUUCGUGGAAGUUAUUGGGCACAUGAGUCCCAACUUCAAGUUCCUCAAGUGAUUUGCUUUUGGACCUUGGUGGCUCUUCGAUCUGCGUCCUUUAAAAAAAAAAUAAAAAAUCAAAGAUGUUUCGUUCUUUUCUUGAUCUCUCCCCUCCUUUUCUUUGGAUUUACUUCAUGAUAUUUCUUGCCCAGCGAGGGAUCGGAGGAUGAAAAGUUGUGUAAUGAGUCAAAUAGCCAAAAAACAAAGUUGUAAAAAAGUGGGUAUAAAAGGAGGCUAAGAUUCCACUCUUUUUUUUCCACUUGACAAAGUUGUUUUGUCUAAUACGAAAAAUAGCAUGUUCUUUA